CAAGUCACUGAAGUUUUCCCCUUGCUCUACCUGUUGACCUCUGCUAUCCCCUGAUUACUCCCGAAAAAUGGAGCGAUCCACACAAGAACUUUUCCUCAACUUCAUGAUUGUCCUGAUUACUGUAUUGCUCAUGUGGCUCCUUGUGAAGUCUUAUCAGGAGUAAAAGACAAUCAGAAACUCUGGGAGGUGAUUUAAGUGUGUGUCUCUGCAGACAUAAGUAACACCCACAGCACACUGCUGUGAUUAGCUUUCAGUCAAUUGAAGAUGUCGUCAAUUUUUUUUUACUCUCUCAUAUCUCUUGCCCAUGCUAACGUCUGUGAUGGCCCUGUGAUGGUGUAAUUAUUUUAUUCUGCAGUGAUCCAGCUGUAAAAUGUAAAAUGCAAGA